AAAAGACCAGCCACUUGCAGGGAAGCCCGGAGCCUGGAGCAUCCGUCAGGCCCUUGACGUCCCGGCCCCACAGCCCCCACCUCUGCCGCUCUCCGCCGGCCUCUUCCUCUGUCUGUGUGUCUGCCGCUCUCUCCUGUUUCUGGGGAUCCUCGCCGCCUUGCCAAUCCCUUUCCUCCGCUCAGCUCCCUGUGUUUCUGACUCGCUGCCUGUGACAUGCAGUGGCCCCCAGCAGGACCGGCCAUGAAGACGCUGAUUGCAGCCCUGGUCCUGACCGCAGCAGUCCAGGCCGAGAGGAAGGAUAAGGUGCUGUCUGGUGGGCCCUGCGAGCGGAUGUCCCACCCCUACCAAGCCGCCCUCUACAACUCCGGCCAGCUGCUCUGUGGCGGGGUGCUCAUCCACCCAUCCUGGGUCCUCACGGCCGCGCACUGCAGAAAAGCGAAUCUUCAGGUCUACCUGGGGAAGCACAACCUUUACGAAAGAGAGAGUUUCCAGGAGCAGAGCUCUGUUGUCCAGACCGUGGUCCACCCUGGCUACAACGCGGCCACGCAUGACCAGGACAUCAUGCUGUUACGCCUGAAGCGCCCGGCCAAACUCUCGGACCGCAUCCGGCCCCUGGCCCUGGAGAGAGACUGCUCGGCCAACCGCACCAGCUGCCAAAUCCUGGGCUGGGGCAAGACAGCAAGUGGUGUGUUUCCUAACACCAUCCAGUGUGCAGAUGUCCACCUGGUACCUCAUCAGGACUGUGAGCGUGCCUACCCUGGCCAGAUCACCCAAAACAUGGUGUGUGCUGGGGAUGAGAAGUACGGAAAGGAUUCCUGCCAGGGCGAUUCUGGGGGCCCACUCGUGUGUGGAAACCGUCUCCGAGGCCUGGUAUCAUGGGGUGACGUCCCCUGUGGAUCCAAGGAGAAGCCGGGGGUCUACACCAACGUCUGCAGAUACCACCAGUGGGUCCGGAGAACCAUUUGGGCCAACUCAUUCUGACAUGUGGCAUCCAACCCUUGACCUCGGCCCCCACGUACCGCCUCUAAGACAUCUCUGAUCAAGACUGUGCCUCCUCCCCUCCACCCCCGCCCGGAAUCAACCCUUAAUGCUUCAUUCUGCCUGAUUUUACCCCAACCCCAUCACUGGGGGUGAGGGGGGACACGGGCUGAGGUCUUGCCCCCACCACUAAGAGAAAACAGGAAAAUCGCUUCCGACCAGCCCUCCCUCCUGAUGAUCCCAGGGGCGUGUUGCCUCCCCGCAGAGGAGAGGUCCCACACCUGGAGAAACCCGGGUUGGAACCCCAGCUCUGCCUCUUGCUCCCCGUGCAGACUCUCAUCUGUGAAAUGGGGACAGUAACACUAUGCCCCUCAUAACUCAGGGGCCGCCGUUGGAGGAUCCAAGGUCUCGAAUGGAGGAAACACGGGCACCAGGGCCUGGCACGCCUGCCUGCUGAAUAAAGAGUAAAUUUCACUGCU